UAAAGGCGUCGACAGCACGCGGUGGCGGCCCCCCUCACUUCCUGGAUGAAGAUGGCGGAUGAGAAUGAGACAGCACCGAUGCCGGAGGGAGACGAUGUAGAGGACCACGCACACUGCAGCGACUGCGAGAACGAGGAGCACCGCUCCGACGACGGUGACACGGGUCCGGCCGACGACACCGGCGCUAAGAAGAAGAAAAAAAGGCAGAAAAAGAAGAAGAAAUCUGGUGCCACCGAAGCGGCUCAGGACACCCUCGCCAAGGUGAAUUCUUUGCCAGCUGAUAAGCUCCAGGAGAUCCAGAAGGCCAUUGAACUGUUCUCCGUCGGCCAAGGUCCCGCCAAAACCAUGGAGGAGGCGAGUCGGAGGAGUUACCAGUUCUGGGAUACGCAACCUGUGCCCAAGCUUGGGGAGACGGUGACGUCACACGGCUCCAUCGAACCUGACAAAGACCAGAUUCGCGAGGAGCCCUACAGCCUCCCACAGGGCUUCAGCUGGGACACCCUCGACCUGGGCGACUCCGCCGUGCUGAAGGAGCUUUACACUCUUCUCAACGAGAACUAUGUGGAAGAUGACGACAACAUGUUCAGAUUCGAUUACUCCCCCGAGUUCCUUCUCUGGGCCUUGCGGCCUCCUGGCUGGUUGCCCCAGUGGCAUUGUGGAGUGAGGGUUAACUCCAACCAGAAGCUUGUGGGUUUCAUCAGCGCCAUUCCUGCCACUAUCCGCAUCUAUGACAUAGAAAAGAAAAUGGUUGAGAUCAAUUUCCUCUGUGUCCACAAGAAGCUUCGCGCCAAACGAGUCGCCCCGGUGCUGAUCCGAGAGAUCACCAGACGGGUCAACCUGCAGGGCAUCUUUCAGGCCGUGUACACUGCCGGAGUGGUACUGCCCAAACCCGUGGGAACAUGCAGGUACUGGCAUCGUUCUUUGAACCCACGUAAACUAAUCGAGGUGAAGUUCUCUCACUUGAGCAGGAACAUGACUAUGCAGCGCACCAUGAAGUUGUACCGUCUGCCUGAGGCCCCGAAGACUUCGGGUCUGCGGCCCAUGACCAAGAAGGAUGUGCCGUUGGUGCAUCGCCUCCUGCGUGAGUACCUGAGCCAGUUCAGCCUGGUGCCCUAUAUGAACCAGGAAGAGGUGGCUCACUGGCUACUGCCCCGGGAAAACAUUAUCGACACUUUCCUGGUUGAGAACGAUGGCAAAGUAACCGAUUUCCUGAGUUUCUACACGCUGCCCUCCACCAUCAUGAACCACCCCGUGCACCGCAGUCUAAAAGCGGCGUACUCCUUCUACAAUGUGCACACCACCACCACCAUGCUCGACCUGAUGUCCGACGCCCUCAUCUUGGCCAAAUCGAAAGGGUUUGAUGUCUUCAAUGCACUGGAUCUAAUGGAAAACAAGACUUUCUUGGAGAAGCUAAAGUUCGGCAUCGGUGAUGGGAAUCUACAGUAUUAUCUGUACAACUGGAAGUGUCCCAGCAUGGGCUCGGAGAAGGUCGGGUUGGUGCUGCAGUGACCUCCCUCCCCUCACGCCACAAACGAGUGUCACCAACAACAUGCCAGGAGACCGAAAAACCAUCGUACCAACCCACCUUGACAGAUGGACUGAUGACUUCCUGCUUCUGGGAAGGAAAAAAAAAACAACCCAUCGCCCUUCUUUUACUUUUUGACCUUUUGAACUUUGACCUGCACUACCGCUGCCAGGCGGGGGGAGGCGGGGAAGGGUCAUCGGCUCUUUCCUCCACCGUCAAUCACAUGGACCUUUUAAAGCCAUUGUAGUUUUACCAUCGCGAAACAACUGUAUUUACAUCUGAACGCUGUCUUGAUUGUAACCGAACACGCAUACACACAAGAACAGUCUGCACCGGUUACUCGAUGCCAAACACAAAAACAAUUCAAAUUUUGUAAAUAACAUCAAAACAUAACUGCGCAUCAUGCCCUUAACACCAACUUACCAGAGCCUAUGGUUUUAUUUUAUUCCUAAUUAUUGGAAGUGCUUUUUUGCAAUUAAAAUAAACCCGUCAUCCUUUAAAAAUACUUUAAGAGGAAAAGCUCAAAGCUAUGAGGUAAUAAAUACCAAAAGUGGACACCAGAUGAAGGGCUGUUAAGAUUUCUCUUCUCAUGCUUGGUACUGUCUGUUUUUGUUUUUUUUCCCUUUGAUUUUCUCAUCAAACCCUCUGUUCUGUUUAUGACAUGUACGUUUAUUCUGGACGUCUCCUCAUCUGUACAAACGUUCAUGAACCACCUCCCAAGCUUACUGCACUAACAGACGAAGCAGAGAAAGAACCAGACUAACCAUAAUGGACUAACUCAGUUGGAGGGAGGGGAAAUAUGAUUUUUGGAAUGCGGUUGGACUGCUACAGCGAGAUCGAAGGCAUUACAGUACGCCGUCUACGCAGCGCGUUUAUGAGCAGAAAUCAGAUUUGUAAUGAAAGCUUGACGUCCACUCUUACUAACUUGGGUUUUGCCGUUGAUUCCCGAAAAAGGCUGAAGGGCUCAAAGGUCAAAAGUGUUUAGAACCUUUUCUUUUUUUGGAACUCAGUAUGCAGAUUUUUCUCUGUGCGGGAAUCCCAUAAAAAAUAAUCAAAAUAAAAAAUAAUUUGGGACAUUACAAAAAACAAAACAACAUGUGACACGAUAACAGGCACAUGGAUCAUAUGAGGCUCUUGGCUGUUUGAAGGCAAAAAAAAUGUUUUUUGUCAAGUUUAAUGAACUAACAUCUCUAAUAUAAUGCUAUUUAUGGGGAUAUAUUUUGAAAGCGACAUCAAACGAAGUUCGAAUUAUGAAAUAUGAGCCUCAUAUCGUACAGUAGAUGGAUCCCCGUCAGUUAAAAAUCUGAGGUUUCAGGGUGGGCGUUGGACCUGGAGCCAUGAACCGGCCAUCGUGAUGGUGGUGAUGAUGAUGAUGAUGAUGAUGAAAACUGGGGUGAAUCCCCUGCUUAAAGUGUUUCCUGUGUGAGUGGGUUCUAUUUGCAAACAGAUGUAAAAAAAAAAAAUAAAUAGGAAAAAGGAAACGAAUGCGAAGAUGCAGGUGAUUUUCUUUUUUCUCUUUUUUUGGAGCAAAAAAAUAAAAUCUAGAAGUUG